AUGUCUCGCCGCAAGCAAGGCAAACCCCAGCACUUAAGCAAACGGGAAUUCUCGCCCGAGCCACUUGAAGCCAUUCUUACAGAUGAUGAACCGGACCAUGGACCUUUGGGAGCCCCAGAAGGGGACCACGACCUCCUCACGUGUGGGCAGUGCCAGAUGAACUUCCCGUUGGGGGACAUUCUCAUUUUUAUCGAGCACAAACGGAAACAAUGCAAUGGCAGCCUCUGCUUAGAAAAAGCUGUGGAUAAGCCACCUUCCCCUUCACCAAUCGAGAUGAAAAAAGCAUCCAAUCCCGUGGAGGUUGGCAUCCAGGUCACGCCAGAGGAUGACGAUUGUUUAUCAACGUCAUCUAGAGGAAUUUGCCCCAAACAGGAACACAUAGCAGAUAAACUUCUGCACUGGAGGGGCCUCUCCUCCCCUCGUUCUGCACACGGAGCUCUAAUCCCCACGCCUGGGAUGAGUGCAGAAUAUGCCCCGCAGGGUAUUUGUAAAGAUGAGCCCAGCAGCUACACAUGUACAACUUGCAAACAGCCAUUCACCAGUGCAUGGUUUCUCUUGCAACACGCACAGAACACUCAUGGAUUAAGAAUCUACUUAGAAAGCGAACACGGAAGUCCCCUGACCCCGCGGGUUGGUAUCCCUUCAGGACUAGGUGCAGAAUGUCCUUCCCAGCCACCUCUCCAUGGGAUUCAUAUUGCAGACAAUAACCCCUUUAACCUGCUAAGAAUACCAGGAUCAGUAUCCAGAGAGGCUUCCGGCCUGGCAGAAGGGCGCUUUCCACCCACUCCCCCCCUGUUUAGUCCACCACCGAGACAUCACUUGGACCCCCACCGCAUAGAGCGCCUGGGGGCGGAAGAGAUGGCCCUGGCCACCCAUCACCCGAGUGCCUUUGACAGGGUGCUGCGGUUGAAUCCAAUGGCUAUGGAGCCUCCCGCCAUGGAUUUCUCUAGGAGACUUAGAGAGCUGGCAGGGAACACGUCUAGCCCACCGCUGUCCCCCGGCCGGCCCAGCCCUAUGCAAAGGUUACUGCAACCAUUCCAGCCAGGUAGCAAGCCGCCCUUCCUGGCGACGCCCCCCCUCCCUCCUCUGCAAUCCGCCCCUCCUCCCUCCCAGCCCCCGGUCAAGUCCAAGUCGUGUGAGUUCUGCGGCAAGACGUUCAAAUUUCAGAGCAACCUGGUGGUGCACCGGCGCAGCCACACGGGCGAGAAGCCCUACAAGUGCAACCUGUGCGACCACGCGUGCACGCAGGCCAGCAAGCUGAAGCGCCACAUGAAGACGCACAUGCACAAGUCGUCCCCCAUGACGGUCAAGUCGGACGACGGCCUCUCCACCGCCAGCUCCCCGGAACCGGGCACCAGCGACCUGGUGGGCAGCGCCAGCAGCGCGCUCAAGUCCGUGGUGGCCAAGUUCAAGAGCGAGAACGACCCCAACCUGAUCCCAGAGAACGGGGACGAGGAGGACGAGGAGGACGACGAGGAAGAGGAGGAAGAGGAGGAAGAGGAGGAGGAGGAGCUGACGGAGAGCGAGAGGGUGGACUACGGCUUCGGGCUGAGCCUGGAGGCAGCGCGCCGCCACGAGAACAGCUCGCGGGGCGCGGUGGUGGGCGUGGGCGACGAGGGCCGCCCCCUGCCGGACGCCAUGCAGGGCAUGGUGCUCAGCUCCAUGCAGCACUUCAGCGAGGCCUUCCACCAGGUCCUGGGCGAGAAGCAUAAGCGCGGCCACCUGGCCGAGGCCGAGGGCCACAGGGACACUUGCGACGAAGACUCGGUGGCCGGCGAGUCGGACCGCAUAGACGAUGGCACUGUUAACGGCCGCGGCUGCUCCCCGGGUGAGUCGGCCUCGGGGGGUCUGUCCAAAAAGCUGCUGCUGGGCAGCCCCAGCUCGCUGAGCCCCUUCUCCAAGCGCAUCAAGCUCGAGAAGGAGUUCGACCUGCCUCCCGCCGCGAUGCCCAACACGGAGAACGUGUACUCGCAGUGGCUAGCCGGCUACGCAGCCUCCAGGCAGCUCAAAGAUCCCUUCCUGAGCUUCGGAGACUCCAGACAAUCGCCUUUCGCCUCCUCGUCGGAGCACUCCUCGGAGAACGGGAGCUUGCGCUUCUCCACGCCGCCCGGGGAGCUGGACGGAGGGAUCUCGGGGCGCAGCGGCACGGGAAGUGGAGGGAGCACGCCCCAUAUUAGUGGUCCGGGCCCGGGCAGGCCCAGCUCAAAAGAGGGCAGACGCAGCGACACUUGUGAGUACUGUGGGAAAGUCUUCAAGAACUGUAGCAAUCUCACUGUCCACAGGAGAAGCCACACGGGCGAAAGGCCUUAUAAAUGCGAGCUGUGCAACUAUGCCUGUGCCCAGAGUAGCAAGCUCACCAGGCACAUGAAAACGCAUGGCCAGGUUCUUCACACACCCCCAUUCGGCGUAGUGCCCAGAGAGCUCAAGAUGUGUGGCAGUUUUCGGAUGGAAGCUCGAGAACCCUUAAGUUCUGAGAAAAUUUGA